UUUCCCAAAAAUUGAAGGUGACAGUACGGAACUGCCUUAAUACUACGCAUUUGCUAAUAUGGCCCUCCGAAUUAUAAAUAAGUACCUUUUAUGCCUCAGACGACGACGAAAUAAGGAACUCCUCACGACUUUUAUGAUAGCAACCAUUAUGCUAUACCUCCAGUCGACGACGAAAAUCACCUUGAUGAGGAUCGGCGUUGAACCAGAUAUAUCAAAAGACAACAGAGCUCUCGAGAUAUCGCUUACAACAGAGUUGUACUCCGUUAACAAAACUACACAAGCUACACGCCUCACUCCCAGCGUACACGCCCAGCUACAACUUAUUUCAAUAUGUGACAAUAACAACAUCUCUCUGGUCCUUCUUGACCCGAGACUUCUCAACAACAGCAUGGAAUCAACUCAUAACCUAAAGGAAGCGCUCAUUAACAAACCCCUAGUCUCAUAUGGCAUCAAUCGUGAAGAUUUGGCUGGACCCAAAUUGGAAAAAUUCUACCACGCACUAGAGGGUAACAAAUACCAAGUUUCCCUCUUAAAAGAUGGAGACAAGCAAGUAUAUCAUAUAUUCUUAACAGUGCCAUCUAUGAGCCAGUGGAUCCACUUAGCCAUUAUAUAUCACAGACACGGUAGCUUUUAUUGGAUGGGGCCUUUAAAUGUUGAGACAACAGGCAAGAAACACCCACCAGUGAGGAGCAUUAGUUUCCCAGCUGCAUUUAAGAGUCUUAUAGUAACUAAGAGUGCCAUCCCUGGAUUGUAUGUACCAGCAUCAACCUUCAAGUAUCUCUCCA